CGGCACGCAUUCGCAAAGUUCUACCAAAUUGACAAAGACGUUUCAAUCCAAUUGGAUUCUGUAUUUUGUGUAACUGUUUUGCAAAGUUGUAUUCAAAAUGUCGGCCAUUCGCAGCGUCAAUGAUUUCUACAAACGCAUCGAGGCAGCCGAAAACAAAGUUGUCCUGGUGGACUUCUAUGCCACCUGGUGCGGACCCUGCAAGGAAAUGGACCCAAUGGUCAAAUCCCUGGCACGCCAAUACGCCAGCAAGGCGAUCGUUAUCAAAGUCAACGUCGACAAAUUUGACGAGCUGGUGGAAAAGUACAAGGUGCGCAGCAUGCCAACGUUUGUCUUCCUCAAGGGCAAUCGCAGCUUGGGCAAAAUCAUUGGCGCCGACGAGCACAAACUGACCCGCAUGAUGGCCAAAGUAUGCAAAUGAGCGCGAAUUGAA